GAGGAUGUAUGGUGCGCGCGUGUUCUGUGGUGUCUUUGUGCCUUGAGAAGUGGCCGUAAGUACGGGAAAGGAAAGAAAGAGAGAAGGCCGAUAGCCCCGUCAUCGCCUGCGACGUCUUCUUCUUCCUCUUCUUUUAUAUCUCCCUUAGCUACUGUUGCUGGUGGACGUGGUGUUGAACUGUGGUGCUGGGCUGGUUGCUGUAUAGGUGUGUGUGUGCGGGUUCUUCUGACGUGCUCUGCAAGCCAUUUCGCCGACUGGUUCCGCAGCGGACGAUUCCCAGUGACCUCCGCGUCUGCAGUCACUGCCUUUCCUACACUGCCUGCGAAACUGCGACAUUUUUUUCCCUCAAUGUUUUCUUUCGUGGCCUGCGUGUAAAUCUAGGGCCCCGGUCUCCCAUAACUAGACACCGGUCUUCGCAGCGAGGCCAAGCAGCCUGUCUUUCCCAAGUGGCGGCGGCGGUGACGACGUCUCAGCGAAACAACGGAGGUAGUGACCCGGUGGCGAGAUGCCUUGCUGCCAGAUGGGCGGCACCGACAGCAGCGGUCCCUUCUCGCCGCUUCGUCGCGGCGCCGAGCGCCUGUGGCUGGGCCGUACGCCGACGCUGCUGGCAUGGCCCAAGCGCUGCAUCCUCGUGUCCAUGGUGUUCGUCGGCUUCUCGCUGGUCGCUGGCAUUCGUAGGUCCUUCGUGGAGGCCGCCUACAGCUUGCAGAGGGAAGCCAACUGGAAGAUGUUCAACAACGACACGUCCAGUGGCAACUGGACUACGGACUUCAUCCGUUCCUUCCAGUCGUCCUUCACGUGGGGUCUCUUCAUAGGCCAUGUGAUCGGAUCGGCGCUUUCGUACAAGUACCACGCGAACAGCGUCUUUGCAGCCGCCAUACUGCUGGACUCCUCGCUGCACCUCGUGGUCGCUGGAGUGAUGCAAGUCCACCAGAUAUUCCUCGUGUCCCUGCUCUUCCUGCAAGGAGUGGCAGACGGGCUGACGUUCCCGGCUUUCUUCAGCUUACUGCGGUACUGGGCGCCGCCUUUGGAGAGGACGCGGAUGUUCACUGCUGGUUACGCUGGUCUACAUUUGGGUAGCCUACUUAGCUUUCAAAUCUUCUCCGUCUUCGAAAGUCUCUUCAGUUCGACAGCGGGGCUAUACUUCUAUGGCAUGCUAGGCAUCCUCUGGGUGCUGCCGUGGUUCCUUCUCGUUUCUGAGACACCAUCUAAGCACCCGGGGGUGUCGACAAGAGAGAAGAUCUACAUCAUCGACUCGCUUCAGACGCAGGAGCACAUUCCUUUCUCGCAGCAGCCGACGGGCGUCCCAAUGCGCUCCAUCCUGUCUUCGGGUCCCGUGUGGGCCAUUCUCCUCGCGUCGUUCGGCCGGACGUGGACCUACAACACGCUGCUCCACAUCAUGCAGUGGUACUACAACGACGAGAUCCGGUACGCAAAGGAGAUUCCCUACUUCCUGAUGAUGGUCUCCGUCGUGGUCAGCGGUUAUGUUGCCGACGGUCUUCAGGAGAAAAACCUUAUGACGACAUCGACUGUGAGGAAGACAUUCGGGGCCACAGGUCUGCUGACGGAGGCCGUUCUCUUCCUGUCGAUGGUGUACGUCGGACCGACGGACUUCGCUAUGGUGCUCUACUUUUUCGCCAUGUCUAUCCGAGAGCUCGCCGUUGCUGGUUAUAUGGUAAACCCACUGGAUAUUUCUCCACAAUAUGCGGGAAUCAUCGCGGGCCUCUCCGGGGCAAUGACCUCUCUGGGAAACCUAACGUUUUACCCCAUGAUGAACCACAUCUUCAACACAUGGAAGAUCCGGCACGACCACAUGACGCCAUUGUACGCGGUGAGCGUCAUCAGCGGCGGCCUGCAGUUCCUGGCGGCGCUGAUCUUUGUGGUGUUCUCGUCGGCGACCGAGCAGGACUGGUCCAAGGACGACGCCGCGUCGCCCUCGGCCAGUGGCGAUGCUCUCUACGGUACCAGCAGCGGCGGAGGCAACAACAACAACGACCCUUACCUGGACACCACCGAAGUGAUCGUCAGCGACGGCGGCAUCUCUCUAAACGUCAUCGUGAAGCGGUAGCUCGAGGCUGACGUCGAGGCUGUUGACGUAUGAACGCGCAGCCUCGGCGAACAUUGAGCAGAUGGGCCUGCACUGCUGACCGAAAGAGGGCCGCGGGCCAUCAGGGGUGCCGGUAUAAUUCAAAUGGACGAAGUCGCAGCUCGACGACACCCUCGAAUCCUCGUACCAUGAGAAGCAGUACCUCAGACACCUUUUGGUGCGAUCAUGAGCAACGCGGAUUACGAAUGACAGUCGACAAUGCCGGCACGAUGUAGAAACGUGGGGAAGGAGCGAUCUCGCUUUAGCUUUACACUUCGUGUUUGCGUAGGCUGUAGGCGAAGACACUCUUGGACUAUAGGUGCGAGUCAACUUUUUGGAAAGUUAUCUUGCGGCUCGGGUUCCUGUGGCCUGCGCUUGAAAAACGAAGUUGUGAAGUGGGCCGGGUGGCCGCUCCGGCCUGUAUUGUAGCUGGGAACCACCAAAACAGAAAACUCACGGGACAAUUGACCGAGACUGCGCACAACGUAAAUCUCGACCCGCAUGGCUGGUCCUACGAACUGUGGCGAUGGUGAACCAGCUAAAGGCUCACCGCCCGUUUGUGAUUGCGCCAAGUCGACUCUUCACGCAUUUUUUGUGGGCUGUUGACAGCUUUAGAUCAGAUUAGUCUAAGUUGUGCUCAGCUUAGCUGACGUUCAGUGACGAAGAUCUGGCUUCGUGAGACAAAGCCUCUGGUCUCACGUAGUGUGCCCAAGUGUAUACGGCCAAGUUUACUACCUCGACAGCCGUAAAGCCGGUCAUAGCUGCACGUGGUCCGGAUAGUGCUCAAGGAUAUUGGUGUGAACACGCAUGCAUUCUGUGAUGACUUGACUGUGCGCCCUGACCCAUGCGAAGGCGCCGAAGCCUGCCAACAGCGCGAGUUGUGCGAUGUUGUCAGAUAUGUUGUCAUGCCAACAACGGUGACCAACCGACAGCCAAGAUGUUCAAAGCCACCCUGGUAAGGAUGCCAGGCACCACAUGUAACGCGUAUACUCCAGUGAUGUUGUACUCGCAAUCUCUGGAGUGUUAUCUCUUGUAAAGGCUUGGUAUAUGCUGUAGUAAAACGUAGAGCAGGGAAAAUUAUAAAUAUGCAUUUACGAGAAAACAGUGCUGACUAGGAACGAGCAAGGGAGGCAUGAAGAGAUGCUGCUUCCAAAGGACUCUCUGUUAAGUUUUAGGAACAGAAUAGGCUGUAGGUACUCAAGAAAUCACGCACACGUACUGCGAGCUUUAAACAUUUACUUCUGCCAUGAAUAAUGAAGUUCGGUCCACUCAUGCAGCGAAUGCCACAAGCAACUCUUAUAUGCGUUACAUAAUGACUUCGCCGCAGUACACAGUUGUAAUGCGGUGAAUGGAAGUGAGGAUAUGCGCAAGUACUGUGUAAAGUACGUGUCCUUAUUUAGCAUACUUUGGCGGCGCUUCCAGGACACCAAAGGGACAACAGGGAUACCAAUCUGGAACUCGGACGGGUCCGAAUUCCAUCUUCGAUACUCCUUAUGUCUAUUCGGUGCCUUGGAGGUCCUGCAACGCCCGUUUUUUAUAUAAUAUCAGGUGAUCUCCUUAGGAGUCUGUUGUAUGAUAUUGUUUUUAUUCGCACACGCUGAAUAAUCUUACCGCAAUACAUAGUUGUAUUGGGAUGAAGCUUACUAAAGCACAUCCGUAAUUAUGGAACGCAUACAAAACCCUUGCCACGCCGCACUGUUAACAAAAUCAACAGAAACGUUUCUUAGAGAGAGAGAGAGAGAGAGAAAUAGAAGAGAGGAAAGGCAGGGAGGUUAACCAGACGUACGUCCGGUUUGCCUACCCUGCACUGGGGGAAGGGGUAUAGGGAGGAAAAGAGAGAGAAAGGAAAUAGAGAGAGCGCAGUUUCGCGCACAUUUCUUAAGUUUUACAGAAAGCAAUGUAGUUAAUAAGACGCAUUAUGCAGACAUAUACGUACAUGAAACAAGCCAUGCAGGUUUUCGUGCCAUAUCUUAGCCGCCAUCAAUAGCGGAAUACUAACUGGGAGUACUGUUUACUGCUUGACCAUGCUGUAUAUAAAGCCUUUGUCAUGCGAACCAACCCGACAACUUGGUAAGCCCUCAUUCUGUUCGAUGCAACGUGCCUCUGCAAUAAGCCGAGAACUCGAUUUAUGGCUAAGUAGAACCCUUGUUUUACGAAGUCAAGAAAUGGGCAACCUAGAAUGGAGUACCUACCAAGAAACAAAGAAAUCAAAACACGAGUAUCUAUACAUGUGAUUUCGUGAGUACAAACAUGUCGUUACUGUUUAUUUUGUUAUUUCGUAAUGAUAUUUAUGUCCGAGUCAGCGUCAGUUCAUAUCUUUUUUUUUUUCAUCGUGUCUCACGUUUUAUAAGGGUGGGCAUCGGCAUUGUGAAAGGGAUGUAAAUGUGGAGUAGGCUGUAAGAGAAAAACCGUUUUUAUUUCUUCUAACUAAAGUAGCCAUCCAUGUUAGGACAAAGUGUCCAGCUUAUUGUUUUCAUCCUUAAGGGUCAUCUUCGGCGCACGCUGUACCCUAAAGUAGCGCAUGCGCGCUUUCAGGUGUUGAAUUACACUUGGAGUUACGAAUUUCAAUGACAAGCGCAACGAAGCUGGUAGAGAAGUACGCACAUGCAAUGUUAUGACUGAAACUGAGAUAUCAGUACAGAAACAACAAGCACAUGACGUUCUUGUGUGCUUCUGCCUCCUCUAGCUUCAUCUGAACGGUCAAAAUGCUUUCCAAUGUCUACCUUUCAUACAAGUUCAUUCCUAAAAAAAUAGACAAUGGCACGGGCUGUAACGAGUGCCCUUAGGCGACGGGACGAGCUCGAAGGUCCUCGUAUCUGAUUUUGUUCAUGGUUGAUGUAGGGUAUCCAGGAGGCUAACGGGACACUCAACAGUUGGAGAAAAGGCCAUGGUGUGAAAUGGGGAGGAAUGAGACCAUGAACCAUCAGAAAAAGUACCAAGUCCUGCAGGAAAGAUACAGGAUACAUGUUCCUAGGCAAUGGUGUCAAAGGGAUAAUUGCUAGGAGGAUUUUGAAGGCGAUCUAACACUAUACAUAGUGUGGCGAAUAACGGACGAGGAUAACUAUGGGCACGGUUUGACUGAUGAAGAGGAUUUGUUAAAUAUACGUUCAAGUGAAAACUUAUGGGAGCUUAUCAUUCCGCUGAGUUGAUAUAUUUUAUAUAUAGCACUCAACGGCGAGUCACGUACUUCGAAUUGCACUUAGGGCACCGAAUGACAAGUUUCUAUACCAGUGAAAAACCACUUUACGCCGCACUAUACAAAGACAGGCCGAAAGGGAGUGCCAGCGAAGGACGCCGUAUGACGACUCGGCGGAAAUGAUGAAGAGUUGAGCGGGUACCGCAAAAUGAAAAAAAAAAAAAAUUGGGAGUUGUUGGUGCCACAACGGCGUGUCUAUUUCGGGGCUCCCGGAGCUGACGCAAUGUUUUACAGGUGCUAAAUGCAACUGUUACGCAAGAGGAAGCGUUAGCUAAGAGUUCACUCCUGCUUUUCUAAUUGCAUACGCGUCAAACGGAGAAAUUAGACAGUCAGUGAAGCCAAUUUGAAGGGCAUUUACAUCAUCUCAGUGAGAGCUACCGAUUGUAGUAAGCAGAGUUUUGAUAAAUCGCCGAAAAUCAAGUCUUAAAAAAAUUGAAGCGCGAUGUUUACAGCUUUGUCACUCGGCACGGAUAACUGAUAUUGCAAUUCUGUAAACUAUGUCUGUAGAGCGCCUAAAAUGGGCCAAUUUGAUGCGUUAUUUCGCAGCCUAUUUGGACUGGUUAGAUUGUUUAGUAGCGUUAUGCAAUACUGGUAUUCACAAGUUACUGGUGUAUCUUAGAGCAAUGCAUUAUAUAUUCGUUUUCACCGUUUUAGGUGUCCAAAUUGCCGCAGUUGAUUCUCUGAGUCUCGAAGCUGCAAACUCCGAGCUUUUAUAAAAUUGGCUUGGGUUUCAGCAAUAUUUAAAAAUAUAGAUGACCUAAAUAAACGUCUACUAGCUGUAAUCGGUGAUGUUAACAUCGUCAUUUCAGAUCAAGGAAUUUAAAUUCAAUGAAGCAAAGCGAUUCUUUCGUUACAAUGUAUUCAGAUAGCAAGUUCCAUGGUAAAGCGUUCUCUUAAAGGAAAAAGUCGCACGGAGCCAGGCGAACCUCAAUACAGGGGCGCAGUCAUCGCUUCAGCGAUUCUACAGGCACACGUUUCACGUGCUUGUAGUGUUAUCAACGUGUCGGUUGACGGAGGUUUCACUCGUGCGUCUAUUAAAUCGGUGAAAUCGGUGACAUGCAUGAGAACAGAUGCAUCGAAAUCUCGACGCCGGGUAUAUUGAAACGGGAUUGUAAAUAUUCAAUAAUAUUUACUUGGAUAAGACGAUGACUGCAUUCAGUUUUGGGAUGUAAGCAUACAUGUAAACGCUAACACAUAGGUGGUGAAUUCAAUGAUCCGCCAUUUUUUUCAUGGAAGUGGCCCUGCCGGUGUCGGGACCACUGCGACGUGUCGCUGUGAGAGCUUGAAGUGCCAUCGAACCCAGCGAUAAAUGGCUCCGAGAAUGAUUUCUUGUGUUGGUCGUGCAUUUAUUAUAAAAGCUUCUGCUCAAAGCAGGGAGAAAAUGUUCUGCAUGUUAAAAUUCCAAAGGAGAGCAGGAUAAUGUAAAACUACGGGUGCACAGUUGUAUCCUGAAUCAAACCGAUGUCAAGAAAAUGUUGUAGCUGUUCACCCUUUCUUUUAAAUAUGGUUUAAAUUCAUUGGAGCGAGUCAUGUUGAAAGAAACUACUAUUCUGGUGUGGAAGUGGUGAUGCCAGUUCUGCACACUCGUUCGGUCUAAUUCUAGUGUAAAGGCGCCACAGAGAGUGAACAAAGACCGAUAAAGACAUGCAGACACAAGCACCGACUUUGUACGGAAGGUGUCAUCAUAAAACAGGCAGAAUAUAUAAUAAACACCAGGUAACUUGAAGAUAUAUUAUUUAAUAGGAAACAGAAACUCUUUCUCAUGCAAUGCAACUGAUUGGUGACUGAUGCAUUUGACGUUUUCUUUAUGAAUCUAUCUUCGCUUACUUCCUGUGUCUUUUUUACACCAGAAUGAAAGCAGCGAGACAAGGAAUCAACGCUUUACCCGUUGCUGCUAUGGCGACAAAAAAGGGUAGUGAACGUGAAGCUUAGUCUUGGUGAUCGUCGCUAACACGAUGAUCUCCUAUAACUCCCUGCAGCCCUGUAUUCGUUGAAAUUAAGGAGGGAGAUGAUAAGAAGGAGAAUGGCGAAAGCAUUUUGACAACUACCUGAGGGUGUAUCAGGUGAUAAAUUCCUGAAAAAGACUAAAAGGAGAAAGUACGUUCCAGGUGCCUCGAUUCUAAUGCUCGAUUUGUAGGAUAAUUUUUCGCCGACUACGGCCAUGCUGUGAUAGUCAAACGGCUGGUUGUGUAAUCUCUGCAAAGAACAAAAAUAAUUUUUUUAUGAACGAAGUUGGGAGAGAUGGUAAUUAGGCAAGUUUGUGUGGUUGAAAGCUAGCCGAUGUGUCGACACGUGACUUUAAAAAACAUGACUUUAACACGUGACUGCAAAAGCAUGACUUAAAAAAAACAGUGUGGGACGUCGCAAGACAUCUUGAGCUUUCUUGAGAGUCAAGUGAGUGCGCACAGGAGUUAAGAAAGGGACCAGAGGAGAAGCUGUUGUAAGAUAAAGGGGCAGGAACGAAUGGAUAGAAACCUAAUUUUAAGAUAUGUGUGUGAAGAGAGAGGGAGAGAUAAAUGUGAUGCGAAUGGCGGGGAGGUUAACCGGAAGAUAAACAUUUAGUUUGCUACUCUGCACUGAGGAAGGGGUAAGGGUAGACAGAUAAAGAAGAAAAACCCAAGCAGAGAGGGUGCGAAAAAAUUAAAUUACGGGUUUUCGAGGACAUAGCUUUAUUAUCAUAGGCACUAUAUUCUUUAGGGUGUUGUAGUUAUGGCGAAAUAGAUCACCAUGAAAGAAAAGAAAAACUCACAAAGAUGUAUUGCCUGGUAAGAAAAGAAAACGUUGUGUGUGCUUUUUACAUUGUAAUUAGCGAUUAAUUCAGAGGACAGGAAAUAAGACGAUCGGCUAUGAAUUAGUCGACAAGUGCAAUCGUCGCAAGUGUUUUGCAUCGUCCUGUUCCGAUGUUUGUAGUGUUUUCUAGUCACUUUCGGGCAUUUACGUUUAUUGCUGCCAAUGUGUGUCUCUUGUAGAAACUCGUUUCAAAGUUUUCUGUCUGUGCAAAUGUCCCUCUAUUUGUGCCAUAGUUGUUUCACAUGACAGAACUAACAUUAUAAGCCACCCGUUGUUAGUUUGUGCGCAAGCCUUCACAGCGCGACUGUUUUAACGCACUCAAGCACACAAUGUUAUCGUCGAACAAGUUCACUGUAAAUAGUGAGUAUCUGUUACAACUGUUUUCACUGGCUUGUUUUUUUUUCAGCCACCUUACACUUGGAGACACGUGUGUUUGCUUGAACGGAACAAAAAGUACACUUGUCUUUAGCUUCACAUUGAAUAAAAGCCAUUUCGU